CAAGCUCCUAGAGUCUCAACACACUCAGCCAGCUAUUCUUAAAAUUUGCUUCUUCUUUUUUUCUCAUUUCCAUGAAAUUUGCUCUCUAUUCUUGUUCAACCAGUUCAUACGUACUCGGCCUGUAUGACUCUGUAGCACGAUACUUUCCAUGUACUUGAGCUCUUUGUUAUCAACAAUAUCAUUCACCCAUCAUACAUAUAUCACUUCUCCAUUUUCUUCUACGAACCAACUCUUCCGUUAAAAAUACACAAUCCUCCUCACCUUUUAAGAACCUCUCACCUCCCUUCUGCUCUCUCCUUCUCCGCACAUUGCUGCAACUGAAGCACACCACCCACCACCACUUCACAUUUCAUCCCACCAUCCUCCUCCUCCAUUCUCACCAGCUACCAGCAGAGCUCAAAUGGCUCCAUUGACACCCUUCUCGCUCUCUCAAUUAACCCUUCUCGGUCUAUUAACAUCAGGAGCGCUGUCAACGACAUUCACAAUGGUAAACAAAUGCGAGUACGCAGUGUGGCCGGGCAUUCUCUCCAACCCCGGCGCUCCGCCGUUUCCGACCGCCGGCUUCGCUCUCGAGAAAGAUGAGACCAUGACCCUAAUCGCCCCCGCCUCCUGGAGAGGCCGCUUAUGGGGCCGAACCCUCUGCACCCUCGACUCCACCGGAAACUUCUCCUGCGUCACAGGCGAUUGCGGCUCCGGAAAGCAAGAAUGCUCCGGAAGCGGCGCCGCCACUACCGCAACUCUCGCCGAGUUCAGCUUAGACGGCUUCGGCGGCCUUGACUUCUUUGACAUCAGCCUCGUCGACGGUUACAACCUCCCUAUGCUGGUGGUUCCCGAGGGUGGGACCGGCACCAGUUGUACCAACACCGGCUGCGUGGUCGACCUUAACAGCGUUUGUCCCUCGGAGCUCAAGGUGACUAGCGGUUCGGGAAGCGAAGUCGUCGGGUGCAAGAGCGCGUGCGAGGCGUUCCAGCAGCCGCAGUACUGUUGCAGCGGCGCAGACAAGUGCAAGCCUUCUUCGUACUCGCAAAUAUUCAAGAACGCGUGCCCUCAAGCGUACAGUUACGCACUCGACGAUGCGACCAGCACCUUCGCAUGUGCCAAUGCCAAUUACACCAUCACCUUCUGUCCCUCUCCGAACACCAGGUUACCAUCUCUUCACAACGAAGACGAUCCCCAAUACACACAGUGCAAGCAACCUUUCAAUUGUGGUAACCUCACAGACAUAUCCUACCCUUUCUGGGGAGGACCCAAUCGCCCCCAAGAGUGCGGUCGCUUAGGCUUCGAACUCACCAACUGCGAAGACGAAACUCAACUCCCUCACAUAGUAAUCGAAAAGCUAGAUUUCCAUGUGUCCAACAUCAACAGCCAAGAUCUUCUUCACACCAUGACAAUCGCUCGCUCCGACCUCUGGGACAAUCCUUGUACUGACCUCCUCGUCAACACCACUCUCGACUACAACCGUUUCUCUUAUGUCCAAACUGUUCGCAACCUCACCUUGUACUACGGCUGCCUCCCUCAAAACGAACCGGUCCUAAACAAUUUUACGUGCAAAAUAGACGGCACAACCAAGGAGAGAAAUAUUUCAUAUUACGUGGAUGAUUCACUCUCAAGGGUUGAUGUUCCGGGCGGACCCACAUGUUCUACCAAAAUCAUAGUCCCCACUUUUUGGGAGGGCUUUGAUGUAAUGCCAGACAAUGCAACGGAAGAAGUGGAAAAAGUUUUGAAGCAAGGGUUUCAGGUUGAGUACAGAGCGGAUUGGGAUCUCUGUAGGUUAUGCAUGAACUCUAAUGGCACCUGUGGAUCGAACGCAACGACGGAUUCGUUUCUCUGCCUUUGCGGGGAUCGUCCUUCCAAUUCUACUACUUGUCCAAUAACUCCAAUUGUUCAUGGCACCAAGUUCAACUGGAAAACAAAGGUUUUCAUAGGCGUAGCUGCGACUAUUGCAGGAUCUUGUAUUUUAUUGUUUGUUAUUCUCUUCCGUUGGACUUCACUGAUUAGGGAAAAUGACAAUGAAGAUGCUGCUGAGGCCUUCAUUCGGAACAUUGGACCUCUAGCAGUACAAAGAUACAAAUUUUCGGAUGUAAGGAAAAUGACCAACUCAUUUAAAGAUAAACUGGGUCAAGGCGGUUAUGGUGAUGUGUACGAAGGGAAGCUAUUGAAUGGUUGUCGUGUGGCUGUGAAGGUUCUUAAAGAAUCCAAAGGGAAUGGAGAGGACUUUGUUAAUGAGGUUGCCAGCAUUAGUAGAACUUCCCAUGUUAAUGUGGUCACUCUUUUGGGGUAUUGCUUUGAAGGUAAGAAAAAAGCGCUCAUAUAUGAGUUCAUGCCCAAUGGAUCACUUGAGAAGUUCAUAUACAAAGACAGUAAUCUUUUGACAACCACUCCACACUUGGAAUUGGAAAAACUCUUCCAAAUUGCUAUUGGGAUAGCUCGAGGGCUUGAGUACUUGCACCGUGGGUGCAACACACGAAUCUUGCACUUUGACAUUAAACCACAUAAUAUCCUUUUGGAUGAAGAUUUUUGCCCAAAGAUUUCUGACUUUGGUCUUUCUAAACUUUGUACGAGGAAAGAAAGUAUUAUAUCAAUGUUGGAAGCUAGAGGGACAAUAGGGUACAUAGCUCCAGAAGUGUUCUCCAGAAACUUUGGAAGAGUGUCUGCUAAGUCCGAUGUCUAUAGUUAUGGAAUGAUGAUUCUGGAGAUGGUUGGAGGAAGAAAGAAAGUCGAUGCUCGAGUGAGCCACACCAGUGAAAUUUAUUUUCCAGAUUGGGUUUAUGAGCAUCUUGAGCAGGGCAGCAAUUUUGGAUUGCUCAAUGCCGCGACAGAAGAGGAAAAAGAACUUGCGAGGAAGAUGAUCUUAGUGGGAUUGUGGUGCAUACAGACAAAGCCAUCAGAUAGGCCAUCCAUGAGUAAAGUGAUUGAAAUGUUGGAAGGAAGCACUGAAGCCUUGCAAAUACCACCAAAGCCUGUCCUAUCUUCUCCUGUACAGCAAUUCACCACAGACAAAUCUGAAAGCAUUGUUUUGCUACUGUACAUAAACAUACACAAGCAGUGUAAUGUACAAGAUCUUAUCAGAACCUCCAACACUGUAGACUGCAUUUUUUAAACUUUUGCAUUGAAGAUACAAAUGGGGAUAAUAGGACAAUCAAUUG